AUGAGUAAAAGAAAAAUUGGUCCUCUAUUAACAAAAUCGGCAACCCAACGAUGGGAAGAGGCUUUCGAAGCAGUGGCUGAUGACGAUAUCAAAUUGGAUAUGGUACUGCAAUACGUUGAUAAAUUGCAGGAAAGUUCCGAAUUAAAUUUCACGAAAACAGAAUGGACAAAAACACAAUUCACCACCAAGUUUUGCUCCUUGUUGAAUAUUGUUCCCAAACCAGAAAAUGAAAAUCCUCUAUGUGUUGAAGAAUCACCCUUCCUGAUCAGCCUUCUGUCAUUGUAUCAACAAUUUCAAAGCAACAAGUUAUCUGAAUCCAUUUCCUUAUUUAAAGAAUGUCAACAGAAUAUGAUAAAAGAAUUUGCACUUCCACCCCAUAACAAUACAGAGAAGGCACUCUUUUCUUUAUUGUCUGCACUUGAACGAUUGGAAAGAAUUUCAUUCGAGCGCAAUUUAGGAGAGGUGGUUGUUUCUGGUGCAAUGUUUUCGUUGUUAGAUGUAAUCUGCACACUAAAAGGUCACAAACAAAACGAAGACAAGCAAAACACAGUGAUAUUAGAUGACAAAAUCAAAAGCUUCAAUGUAAGAAAUGAUGGCCUUAUUCAAACUGAAAAAGACUAUGUAUAUUGUAGAAGAGAGGAUACAUCUUUUGAUGAUCGCGUGGAUUGGGAAGAUUUUGGCAUUGAUGCCUAUAAACUGAUUAUUUCAAUGAAGAGCCAGCUGAAACAAAACAUGAAUACAGUAUUUAUGUGCCAAGAAGAAAUUAACAAAUAUAGCAAAGUCUUGGGGUUAUGUUAUACCAAAUUAGAUACAUUCGUUUUUAUAUUAGAUGCACAAAUUAAUAAGAAAGGAAAUGAAAACAUCCCAGAAUAUUCUCUCUACUUUCAAAGGUUUGAUAUGAAGUUGCAUGGAGCGAUAUUAUUGUUUACGUAUAUUAUGCAAUUUAUUUUGCAAUACGUUCCUUCUAAUAUUUUCACAACCAUCACUCCUUUCAGACCAGCCAAUACACCAAAUAAGCUUUUGAUACCAACUGGGCAAUUACUAUCUGAUAUUCUCAGUUCAAAGAGGUGUAGUAAAAUUUCCAAACACGGAAAAGUGGUGUUAAAAAAACACGAAGACGAAAAGAACGAAAGAGUCAACUAUGUCCUACAAUCAAACUCUUUCCUGAAAGUGGUUUCACCUGAAGAGAAAGAAAUCAUUCUGAAAUUGAUUAGUAAUUCAUGUUACUGCAUGUACUUGCCCCAAAUUCUAAAUGUGUAUAAGAAUGACGUAGAGUUUGAAAAGUUGAACAGUCUCCCAGAGAAAAUGUCUGAAAAAGAUAUAAUGGCCUUGGCAAUAGAUAUUUCCAUAGCAUUGAACCAUCUCCAUGGCCACAAUAUUAUUCAUAGAGAUGUUAAGCCCGAUAAUAUAAUGACUAGAUCACUCAGUGAUCCAUCAAGCUUCAUGUGGUUUGUAUUAAUUGACUUUGGGUUAAGUUUAGAGUUUGUGGAAAAGAAUGGAAUAUACUUUUGCAAAAAUUCAGGAACUGAAAUCAACGAAAACUUAGGUACCAGUAUUUUUAAAGCCCCAGAAGUUGCUGCUUCCCAACCAUACACUGAGAAAUGUGACAUUUACUCAUUGGGAGCCUCUUUAUUGUAUCUGAAAAAUGAAUCAGUCUUUUUACAACUGUGGAGACAGGGUAUUAAGAACAUUCCAACAAACAUGUUGAAAACUCUAGAUUGGGAUUACACUGAAUUUGGUGAUAUCAUUAGGGAUAUGGUGGCUGAUGAUCCAAAAAUUAGACCUUCAGCAGAAAAUAUUGAAAAUCGCCUUUCAACGUUAUUCCAAAACUGCAUUAACCUUGAUUGA